UGGGAGUCUAACGCUGGCGCGGCGCUGCUGGGCGCGGAGCAGGCCGGGGGGGAUGAGCCAGGCCGCGCUGCUGGCCCGCACACCCUGAGGAGCCGCCGCUGCUGCCGCCGGCCCGCCGCGGAGCGCCCACCCGGCGGCGCGGCCCCACCGCGCGGCUCCGGGCCCGCAGCCGCUACCGCCGCCCCAGGCGGGGAGCGGAGCGGGGCGGAGCGGGGCCGGGCCGGGGGGGCGCCCCGCGCCGCUGUCACCAUUGCUGGGGCCCGGAGCGCCGGAGAGCUGCUCUCUCCGCCUCCGCCUCGCUCGCCUCAAAGACGGCGGCGGCGGCGGCACCCUCAGGGACUUGGCCCGGCUCCGGACCUUCUCUGCUCGCCCGCCGCCGCCGCCGCUGCUGCUCCCGCCCCGCUCGGCGCAGCGGCGGCAGGAGGAGGAGGGGGCAGCCGCCGGGAGCCGCCGCCGCCGCCGCGGAGGGAGGCGGGCCCGCCUGGGGCUGAGCCGCCGGCGCAGCAGGCCCCACGCCCGGGGCCGCGCGGGGGCCGCCGGCCCACCGUCGCCUCGCGGUCCCGCGCCCCGCCGCCGCUCGGCCCCUGUACGCAGUCCCGGAGCGGCCCCCGGCUGCCAGACAUGACCGCCAUCAUCAAAGAGAUCGUCAGCAGGAACAAAAGGCGAUACCAGGAGGAUGGCUUCGACCUGGAUCUGACCUAUAUUUAUCCAAACAUAAUUGCUAUGGGUUUUCCUGCGGAGAGGCUUGAAGGAGUAUACAGGAACAACAUUGACGAUGUAGUAAGGUUUCUGGAUUCAAAGCAUAAAAACCAUUACAAGAUAUACAAUCUAUGUGCUGAAAGACAUUAUGACACAGCCAAAUUUAACUGCAGAGUUGCACAGUACCCUUUUGAAGACCAUAACCCACCACAGCUAGAGCUUAUCAAACCUUUUUGUGAAGAUCUCGACCAGUGGCUAAGUGAAGAUGACAAUCAUGUUGCAGCAAUCCACUGUAAAGCUGGAAAGGGACGAACUGGUGUAAUGAUAUGUGCAUAUUUGUUGCAUCGAGGCAAGUUUUUAAAGGCUCAAGAAGCCCUAGAUUUCUAUGGGGAAGUAAGGACCAGAGACAAGAAGGGAGUGACAAUUCCCAGUCAGAGACGCUACGUGUACUACUAUAGCUACCUGUUAAAGAAUCACCUGGAUUACAGACCAGUGGCACUGCUGUUUCACAAGAUGAUGUUUGAAACAAUUCCCAUGUUCAGCAGCGGAACUUGCAAUCCUCAGUUUGUGGUGUACCAGCUAAAGGUAAAGAUAUUCACCUCCCCUUCAGGACCCUCAAGACGCGAGGACAAGUUUAUGUACUUUGAAUUCCCUCAACCUUUGCCGGUAUGCGGUGACAUCAAAGUGGAAUUUUUCCACAAACAGAACAAGAUGUUGAAAAAGGACAAAAUGUUUCACUUUUGGGUAAAUACAUUCUUCAUAGGACUGGAUGAAAAUUCAGACAAAGUAGAAAAUGGAAGUCUAGUUGCAGAUCAGGAACUUGAUGGUAUUUUCAGUACGGAGCGCUCAGAUAAUGAUAAGGAAUAUUUAAUCCUUACAUUAACAAAAAAUGAUCUAGACAAAGCAAAUAAAGACAAAGCCAACAGAUAUUUCUCUCCGAACUUCAAGGUAAAGCUAUUUUUCACAAAAACAGUAGAAGAGCCAUCAAAUCCAGAGGCUAGCAGUUCAACUUCUGUAACACCAGAUGUUAGUGACAAUGAACCUGAUCAUUAUAGAUACUCUGACACCACUGACUCUGAUCCAGAGAAUGAACCUUUUGAUGAAGAUCAGCAUACGCAGAUUACAAAAGUCUGAAUAUUUUUUUUAUCAGAGAUAAAAAACACAAAAAAAAACAACCACGAAGAGUGACAAACUUGAAUAAACUGAAAAAAGGACCUUUUUAAAUGGCAAAAGGACAUAGUGUCAGAUUACCAAUUAUAGGAACAAUUCUUUCCUGACCAAUCUUGUUUUGCCCUAUAAAUCUACAGGGUUUGACACUUGUCCAGUUGGGGGGAAAAAAGGUUACGUAGCUCUUAUAUGUAUAUACCUUUUUGUGUCAAAAGGACAUUAAAACUUCAAUUAGGAACUAUAAACAUGGCACUUUCCCAUUUUAUUCCAGUUUUAUAAAAGUGGAGACAGACCUAAUGUGUAUACGUAGGAAUUUUUCCUUUUGUGUUCUGUCACCAAACGAAGUUUCAAAAAUAUACAGGUUCACAUCCUGCCCCUUUUUUUGCACUUGUGUGGCAACAGAAAAGUCUACAGUUGGCUAAGAAAUGUUUCUAGAAGGUUUUAUUGCAUUCAAAUGUAUGUAUUUUGGAUGGGGGAUGGAAAGUAAUGCUCAGAAAGGAAUAUAGUCCGCUGGAGCUUGGCCCGUGUACCAUAUCUGGCUAUUUACAUGCAUCUUUCUUUAGCAUGCUA